AUGACGACGACGACGAAUUCAAGGAGGAGAUUCGCACGACGAGAUGAUUUGGGGUUGCACUUCUCGCCGUUGUCUUCGUCAAAGAAGAAGUCGUUUUUGCGAGAAGUGACGAAUACGCAUUCGAACACCGCGAACACCCCGAACGAGGAGGAAAAGGAGGAAACGUUGAAGAACAACGGACAAAAGAAGACGUCGUCGUCGUUAGAACUGAAAUAUCGCGCGACCGUCGCGGUACUCCAAACGCACGCGAACGCGUUCGAGCAACUUCAACGAAAACUCCAGGAAAGCGAACGAGACGUGAAAAGAGAGACGACGGAGAAAGAACUUUUGGCGAACGAAUUGGAAUCGAAAAAAGAGCAACUCGAACGGCUCAAAGACGCGUUGGAAACGGCUCGAAAUCAGGAAAAUACCUGGCGCGCGGAAAAGGAAUCCGAAACGCGCACCGUGCGCACAAAAGUGGAUGAACUGAAACAAAAAUUCGAAACGAACGCGGAAGAGACGCAAAGAGCGAUGGCAUCGAUGGAACUCGAGAGAGUUGAAUGUGAAGGCGAGAUGAGACGGGCGAAAGCGAGCGAGCGCGAGGCGAAAGCGGAGGCGGAGAGGCUGCGCGGGCGACUGGAUUCGAAAGAGACGGAAACGAAGGAGAAGGAGGAGAAAGUCACGGGUUUAGAAGAAGACGUUGGAAGGUUGAAAGAGGCUUUGUUGGAGAGACGGAAGACGCAAGAGGACGUGGAACACGCGUUGAGAGAGACGAAGAAGAAGUGCGUGCGCUUGGAAGGGGAGUUGAGAGGGAGGAGGCAGACGCGGAAAAGUGGUGGUUUUAGUAACGGGAGUAGUCCGGCGGCGGCAAAUACCACGUCGACGCCAUCGUUAACGUUAGCGACGACAUCAUCAACGCCAUCAUCACACGACAAUGCGUAUGCUACUACUACUACUACUACUACUACUGGUGAGCGACCGCCGUGGGACGAUUCGUUCCACGCGAGCGCGAAUAGGGGAGGCGCGCCUGCGUCGUCGAUGAUGCGUCCGAUUGCGUUCCCGGACACGCCGAUGUCGAGUAGUACCGCGCAACGUUCGACUUUGUCGCCUCCCAAUACUAAUAUCAACAACAACAAUAAUAGAAGGAACAACGACGACGAGUUGCGAGACGCAUUCCGUCACGUAAAAGCGUUUGGUCAAGAAAUUGCCCACUCGUGGCGCGAACGCGCGACGCGAGCAGAAAACCAUCGCGAACAGCUCGAACGAAACGUAAAAGCAAUAAACGCCAAGCUCGUGGACGAGCAAUUAAAAAACGUAAAGCUACUCGAUGAACUGAAGAUAACGAAAGCGACCAUCGCGCGGUUAGAAGCUGAAAAUGCGACCAAAGAAUCGGACCAAUCGUCCGCGCGAAAAGAGUGCGAACGUCUUUCUGCUCUCUUGAAUGAAGUCAACGAACGGAACGCCUCCAUCGAAACCGUCUGCAAAAAGCACAGAGAUUCCGCGCUCGACGCCUCAAAACGCGUCUCUGCCGCCGAAAGCAUCCUGGACGCGUUAAAGGCGAAAGAGCGCGAAGCUUUCCGUCUGAGAGAACUCAGCGAACAACGGCUAAACAUUUGCGAACGCGAGUUACGCGCCAUGUCCUCUGAACUCGAAAAAGCCAAAGAACACGCGUGGAAAAUGGUCGAAGUGCAAGAACUGACGAUGCGUCGCGCGGAACUCGCGGAGAAGAAGUUGGUUGAAAUCACCACCAACAACAAAAUGUCCACCAUGAAUACCGGUUUAGGAGGAAAAUUUUCCAUCACGGAGGAAGCCGCCUCGCCUUCGAUCGACGCUUGGAUCAAGACGCCGACGAACGGUCAGACUUUAAUGACGCCCAGCGUCACGCGAGGUGGACCGACUUGGACUCGAACGCCGCUCAGAAAAGUCGCGUAA